AUGGCAUCCGAUUUUGAUCUCACAGCUUCGUUCAUUCCGUCGCUGUAUAAACCUGCGGCGUUACUACCAAUUGCCCGUCACCGGGAAGCUCUCCUCUACCUUAUAGAAACAUAUCCCGUGACUAUUGUUGUGGGCCAGACAGGGAGCGGGAAGACUACCCAAUUGCCCCAAUUCCUCGAUCAAGCAGGAUGGUGUUCGGAUGGGAAAAUAAUCGCCAUCACUCAGCCUCGGCGGGUGGCUGCGACCACAGUCGCAGCUAGAGUGGCCGAGGAGAUGCGAUGUAAAGUUGGUGAAGAUGUAGGCUAUUCGAUACGGUUCGAGGAUGUGACCUCGUCGUCAACACGGAUUAAGUUCUUGACGGACGGUUUAUUGUUGCGAGAAGCCCUGGUGGACCCGCUGCUGUCUCGCUAUUCAGUUAUUAUGGUUGAUGAAGCUCAUGAACGUUCUAUAAGCACUGAUAUCCUGCUUGGCGUUCUGAAGAAAAUCAGAAAACAACGCCCCGAACUACGAAUUGUUGUCAGCAGUGCCACACUGCAGGCAGAAGAAUUCCUGCGUUUCUUUGCUGGAGACGAAUUCAAUCCUGAAAGUGAAAAUGAGCUAGGCGGCUCUAUUGGCAGAAUUAUCACCAUCGAAGGGCGGAUGUAUUCCGUCGACUGCCUCUUUUUGGAAACUCCCGCAGAAGAUUACGUGGAGAGAGCUGUCAAAACCGUAUUCGACAUUCAUACCAGGGAACCGGACGGGGACAUCUUGAUGUUCCUAACAGGAAGGGAGGAAAUCGACGCCGUGAUCCAGCAAAUCUCAGAACGCGCAAAUUCAUUGCAUGCCAAAGCUCAAGAUCUUCUUCCAUUACCCCUUUAUGCCGGGCUCACAACCGAACAACAGCUCUACGUCUUCGAACCUGCACCCGAGAAAACCCGGAAAGUCAUCGUAGCCACCAAUAUCGCUGAAGCCUCCAUCACCGUUGAUGGAAUUGUGUAUGUAGUCGAUUGUGGUUUUGUGAAACUCCGCGCUUACAAUCCAAAUACCGGUAUAGAGACGUUAACGCCAACCCCCAUUUCCAAGGCAUCCGCAACACAACGAGCGGGGCGUGCAGGACGGACCAGGAUGGGGAAAUGUUUCCGCCUCUAUACUGAGCAGUCAUAUCAAUCGCUGCCAGAGGUAACGGUUCCGGAAAUCCAACGGUCUAAUCUCGCACCCGUGAUUCUUCAGCUCAAGGCCCUGGGUAUCGACAACAUCGCCCGCUUUGACUUCAUUUCCUCUCCUCCGUCUGAACUUGUUGUUCGUGGCCUUGAAUUACUGUACUCUCUCGGUGCUUUAGAUGAUUAUGCAAAACUCACACGCCCACUCGGGAUUCAAAUGGCUGAGCUUGCAGUGGAACCGAUGCUGGCAAAGGCUCUCCUUGGGGCCUCCUCUUUCGGUUGUCUGAGUGAGAUUCUGUCAAUUGCUGCAAUGACAAGUCUGCAAGGCUCAGUCUGGUUCGAGAAAAACGGGGACAAGAAAGAGGCAGAGAGUUCGCGGCGAAACUUUGCUGUGGAGGAGGGGGACCAUUUAACGUACUUGAACGUGUAUCAAGCUUUUGUUACCAAGGGGAAGAAAGAUGCCAAGUGGUGUCGAAACAAUCGUCUCAACUACCGAUCUAUGGUCAAAGCCGUCAGCAUCCGUGCACAGCUCAAGCGAUACCUAGAACGCUUUGGGGUUAAAGUGGAUGAAUCCCUCUCAUCCAGUCCUGCAACACCAGAACAAAUCCAGCGCUGCCUCACAACCGGAUAUUUUGCACAUGCGGCGAAGAUGCAGCCAGAUGGCAGCUUUAAACCUAUCAGUGGCGACAUAACGCUACACGCGCACCCGAGCUCUUUGCUGUUUAACCGCAAAGCGGAUUGGGUUAUCUUUCAUGAAAUUCUACAGACAGGCAGUAAGACAUUUAUUCGAGAUCUCACGAAAAUCGAGAAGUCGUGGCUUCUUGAAUAUGCCCCGGAUUACUACCGAGUCAAAGAGUAA